AUGGAAGCCUUGGUCUGUGCAUUUUCUGAGCUGCGCAUAAGAGAAGGCCAGGCUGGUUGGGGAUGCAGCCCAUCAUGUGAGCUGCACUCAGAGGCACGUGACUGCACUCUCCCCUCAUGGCUGCUGUGGGGGGCUGGCCACCACCCUCCCACUCUCUCCUCUGCAGAUGCAGUGAGCCAGGCUCAAGGACACCCUGGCCACCCUGACGCACCACCCAACAUCUACGAGGGGGGCCUGGGGUCCCAGCAGCCCCAGUGCCCCAGUGCCCAGGGAAGCAAGCCCAAGAACUUCCGGCUGCGCCACCUCCAGGGCCUGGCUCUUUACCUGCAGGGCCACCCACCGCCCGCCGGCCAGUGUGAGAGCCACUGGCUGGGCCGGCUUAUGGCUGGGGGCUGCCUGCCACAGCCUGAAGGCACAGCCUGGACCCUGGCCCUGCCACAGGGGACUCUGGGCCCAGGUAACAGCCACUGCUCAGCCCUUCUGGAAGCACAAUUGCCCAGAGACAGCCUGGGAAACACUGGUGAGCUCUGUCAAGGCAGGGCUGGGCAUGGGGGAAGACCCCAGGGAAUGGUUGGACUGGGGACUCAGAUGGGCCCCUUUCCACCAACAAGCGUCCACAAUGGUGCCAUGCCCCAGGAGGCCAAGAUCUUGAUGAGAUCACCCCACAGCUGGGUGGGGCCUGGAGAAUCCACGAGGGACAAGGGGUGCAAGAAAAAGGGAGGCUCUCUGGGAGGGAGGGCUGCGUGACUGUCGCAGCUCCGUACUUGGUGAGGAGCCUUGGAAGCUAUCUCCCUUGCUGGGCCCCAGUUUUCCCACUUGUAAAAUGAGGGUUCAGGUUAGAUGAGGGUCCCUCCAGCUUGAACCAUUCUCUUCCCUCUACCUCCUCCACCCUCUGUGGAUUCUGUUAAGGAGGAAACAUUGCCCCCUUCCCUUUUGUUUUCAAGGAUAUUGGGUUCUGGGAACCCUAGGGUGGGCUGCUAGCUUCCCCACUAGCCUCCCCUUGGGUCCCUCGAGUGGCUCCUUUCUCUCCUCUGUCCUCAGCUUCCAGUUCCAGCAUGGACCCAGCCAAGGGUGCCAUCCCCCAGCCUGGUCCUUCUGAGGGCUUGGGACUCAGGCCCAAGAGGUCCUGGGGGGCCUCAGAAGAGGCCAUGUGUCCCUUGUGCAAGAGAACCCGUUCUGGGGCCCUGGAAAGGCCAUAGGAAUCCCAAGUACCAGGACUGGGGACAGGAGGGGAAGGACAGCUGAGGAGGCAGCCCCAGCAGGAGGGGCUAGCCCCCGGCAGUGGCCCUGCCACACAAGGUGGCCUGGGCAGCGGCCAGCACCCAGGCCUGGGCCUUGGCAAAAUGUGAGGGGGAGAGGAAGGAGGAGGUCCCAAGGGAGGGAGAGAAGCAAUAGAAGCAUGGCCAUGCCCUUGCAGCGCGCUCAGACUCCAUUCAGCCACUUGUACCUUGGAGGCCAUGCUGAGUGGAGAAUCAGGCCCCCACCAGAGGCCUGGGAGCCCACAGGUCUGAUCUCAAUAAAAGCCAAGGCCUGCA